CUCUGCUCCCAGCAGGCCCCUGCGGGAGUCAGGUUGUCCUGUGUGGCCCCUGUUGAUCCCACGGCUCUCGUGCCGUUCACCGGAAGAUCAGUGAGGGGCGGCGGUGUUCAUGCACGUUGGGUCACGGGUCCGAAACUCUUCGUCUGUCUGCCGUCGCACUACAGCCAGUGGUCAUGUGACGCUCUCAAGCCACAGUGGGGCUGUCACAUGACCGCUAAACACAAAUUUGGGCCCUCUGGCUCAGCUUCUUUCCAUUGGCCUGACCCAUGCAUUGGAGCUCUGGUUUCCUCCCGCCCAGUGCCAGCUUCUCUGUCUUCAGGUGGGAUGGAUGUCUCCUGGAGCCUCAUCAUCAUGGCAACCGCCUUCCUGGUGUCCCUGGUUGUCACAACGACGGUCUGUCUGAACUGUAGAAAGGGACGACCUCCAGAAUCCAUCGCUCAAGUCGAGCAGCCUGAUGACAUCAUGUCAACAGAAUUUCCCUUCAUCAGCCCAGCUGACCUCAGCCACACUCUUCCUUCUCGUUUUUCAUCUCUGUUAGUGGAGACUCUGCCCAGAAGAGGCUCGCUGGGUGCGACGGAGACAGACAGCAACCCCAGCUACGUGAACGUGGACCCAGGUUCGGUCUCCACGAGACUGGAUGACCUGGGCUGCCACACCCCCGACUACAUACUGGUGUGUCCGGACGAAGAGCCGCUCAGCAGGAACCCGAGCCAAGCCUCCAUGUCCAGCUCAGGUGACGGUUCCACAUACGUCAACGUGCCUCCAGGAAACCAUGAUUACGUGGAGGUGAAGCCAGACGAUCAAGGCAAAGAAGAAUCUGAAGAUGACGACGACAGCGAGGGGAACUACGUCAACCAGCCAAUGAUGCAGCCCAGUGCAUGAUGGGAGGUGGACCAGCUGCCCAGGAGCAUGAUGGGUAGCAGCUUCCAGCUUCAUUUAAGGAAGAAAACUGACAAAUCCUGAGAAUCUGUGAUACUUUUGUCUGGGGAAACUAAAGCUGUGUUCGAACCCUUCACCUCAGCGUCUGGUCCGUUUGCUGCAGACAGUUGGCCUGGU